GGAAUCCUGGCCAUAGGCUCAGAACUUUCAGUUUGCGCUGUGACCAGCCUCCUUUCUCCCCUAAGUCCUCACUCAGAACAGGGCUUUGCCUUUCCUGGCACAGAAGUGGGGGAUAGGAAUUGCAAGCAGCAGCAGGUGCUGAAAGGCGGGAAUCUUUUGCCUGCCAGAACCGUGACCCGUGGAAUUUCUUUCCCUCUUCCAAUUAAACGCAGGAGAGACGCUGUCUCCAGAUUUCUCAACUCAGAUGCUUCCUGACACUUGAAAGUAGAGGAAAUCAGAGACAUGAGGGGCAAGCAGACGGCGCAUUAAGGAACGUUCGUUUAUCUUCUGAGUGCCAAGUCUCCUGCUUACAAAGAGAGAGUUCUGCCCAGAAAGAGACUUCUACCCUUCCUUCUGGCUUAGACAGGACAUUGAGGCCCAGGCACCCAGCCACUGGACCCUGCUGCAAAGGGGUGUGUGUACGGAGAGGAGGGCUCUACUACCCAACUGCGAAAUGGAUAACGUCCUCCCAGUUGACUCCGACCUCUUCCCAAACAUCUCCACUAACACCUCAGAACCCAACCAGUUCGUGCAGCCAGCCUGGCAAAUUGUCCUUUGGGCAGCUGCCUACACCAUCAUCGUGGUGACCUCCGUGGUGGGCAAUGUGGUGGUGAUGUGGAUCAUCUUGGCCCACAAGAGAAUGAGGACGGUGACCAACUAUUUCCUGGUGAACCUGGCCUUCGCGGAGGCCUCCAUGGCAGCGUUCAAUACCGUGGUGAACUUCACCUACGCUGUCCACAACGAGUGGUACUAUGGCCUCUUCUACUGCAAGUUCCACAACUUCUUCCCUAUUGCUGCUGUCUUUGCCAGUAUCUACUCCAUGACAGCUGUGGCCUUUGAUAGGUACAUGGCCAUCAUUCACCCCCUCCAGCCCCGGCUGUCGGCCACCGCCACCAAAGUGGUCAUCUGUGUCAUCUGGGUCUUGGCCCUCUUGCUGGCCUUCCCCCAGGGCUAUUACUCCACCACAGAGACCAUGCCCAGCCGAGUCGUGUGCAUGAUCGAGUGGCCGGAGCACCCCGACAAGAUUUACGAGAAAGUGUACCACAUCUGCGUGACUGUGCUGAUCUACUUCCUCCCCCUGCUGGUGAUCGGCUAUGCAUACACCGUGGUGGGAAUCACACUGUGGGCCAGCGAGAUCCCAGGAGACUCCUCUGACCGCUACCAUGAGCAAGUCUCUGCUAAGCGCAAGGUGGUCAAAAUGAUGAUCGUAGUAGUUUGUACCUUUGCCAUCUGCUGGCUGCCCUUCCAUAUCUUCUUCCUCCUGCCCUACAUCAACCCGGACCUCUACGUGAAGAAGUUUAUCCAGCAGGUCUACCUGGCUAUCAUGUGGCUGGCCAUGAGCUCCACCAUGUACAACCCUAUCAUCUACUGCUGCCUCAAUGACAGGUUCCGACUGGGCUUCAAACAUGCCUUCCGGUGCUGCCCCUUUAUCAGUGCUGGUGACUACGAGGGGCUUGAAAUGAAAUCCACACGGUACCUACAGACCCAGGGCAGCGUGUACAAAGUCAGCCGCCUGGAGACCACCAUCUCCACAGUGGUGGGGGCCCACGAAGAGGAGGCAGAGGAUGGCCCUAAGGUCACACCUUCGCCCCUAGACCUGAACUCCAAUGGUUCCUCUCGCAGUGAUUCCAAAACCAUGACCGAAAGCUUCAGCUUCUACUCCAACACGGUCUCCUAGACCCAGGUCCAUCAUAAGGUGCAGCACUACCAUUCUUUAUCCACUCACUCCAUGCAUGGAUAGUUCCUUAAUCUGGAAGCCAUCAGAAACACCUUAACACUGGGGUUUAUGGGAAGGAUUAGAAAGGAUUAGAGAAAGCAUUUCAUCUCAAAGUCAAAAAAUUUGAAUCCUUCCCUGUCUUUGCCACUCCGUAUGCUGUGUGACCCAACAAGAAUCAUUGAACUUCUCUGAGCCUGUGAAAUAAGAAAGUUGUAUUAGAUAUUUCCUACAGUCCAUUCUGUGAUUCUAGAGUUGACUUCAGCUGCUGUGGGUGCUCAUUUCAGGAUGAAUUCUGUAGUGCAGCCACGAACACAAUUGACCCUUUCUCCUGGAGUUUCUGUAUUACUUCAGUAAAGUCAUUCUCUGUCAUGUUCAAAUUAGCACCCUUCAAUUGGUGUCUCACAUGACAAAUCUUCAUUUGGCAGGGCAAACCAAAGAGCAUGGCACGUAGAAACUGAACGGAAGAUUUAUUUCCAACUUCUAAGUAUCUGCAAAAAGAAGAUAAACAUCUGUCCCCUUUGGAAUCUCAACUGAGUUUAUUCAAGUGUCUUGGGACUGAGAGCCUUGGAUUCUCCUGCACUGUGUCUCAGUGACUGCCCUGAGCAACCAGUACAGACAGAACCCACUAAUCGCAGCUAGGUUUUGUUAUGGACCAAGAGUAAAGAGACCUGUGCCAUACUUUAUCUGAGCCUCUUCCCUUAUUUGUUAAAACAAAAGGGGGGGUACUGAACUAGAUAAUCUAAGAGUCCCUUUGAAUCUUAUUGCCUCAUGGUUUAAUGAUCGUACGUAUAUUUUGUUUCACUGAAAAGUGGUAAUCUUAGAAAGAAUAGGAGCCAUGAGUCUCAUGACUAACAUCCAGUUCCUAGAUAAGUAGCAGCCAUUAAGGCCAUGGAUAAAUAUCCAUCUCAGAUUUAUCCCAAAACCCUGAGUUCAAGCCUCUUGGAAGGUUCUGACCUUUGACAGAUCAGAAGAGUUUGUGUCAAAACCUGUUUUACUCUCUCAGACAUCAGCAGGCUGAGUUUCACAGCUGGAGAAUGCCAUCAGGGACGAUAAGCAUGGGGGGUGGGGGAGUCCUGCUCUGGCCUUUUGGGUAUCUUAGGGCAGGGGCCAUAACCCAAAGUCUUAACUUUACACCAGUGUAAGGUAGGUGCUCGGCUGCCCAAUGAGCAAGGGAGCUGCACCCCACAGCUAUACCUCUGAAAAGAAGGCAUCCCACAUCAGAUUUCUUCAGCCUCUGAAUUUCCCAUUUCUGCCCCCUGGUUCUGCUGGUCUUCUGUCUAUAAAGGC